AUGAACAACUCGGAGGAACACAAGGGGAGGCAAGCAAGCAGAAAACCAAUUAGCUGUCAGAGUAAAAGACAGAGACAGAAGGGUACUCUGACGAAAUACAUGAGAAUUCAGACAGGACAAAAACCAUUUGUCUGUUCUGAUUGUGGUAAAAGAUUUGGGCAAAAGAGCAUUCUGAACCAACACAUGAUUAUUCAUACAGGGCAAAAAGCAUUUGUCUGUUUUGAAUGUGGUCAAAGAUUUGGACUAAAGAGCACUCUGAACCAACACAUGAUAACUCAUACAGGGCAAAAACCAUUUGUGUGUUCUGAUUGUGGUCGAAGAUUUGGACAAAAGAGCAGCCUGAACAAACACAUAAUAAUUCAUACAGGCCAAAAAGCAUUUGUCUGUUCUGAGUGUGGUCAAAGAUUUGGACAUAAGAGCUACCUGAACCAACACAUGGUAACUCAUACAGCAGAAAAACCAUUUGUCUGUUCUGAGUGUGGUCGAAGAUUUGGACGAAAGAGCAGCCUAAACGAUCACAUGUUAAUUCAUACAGGGCAAAAAGCAUUUGUCUGUUCUGAGUGUAGUCAAAGAUUUGGACAUAAGAGCCACCUGAACACACACAUGAGAAUUCAUACAGGGCAAAAAGCAUUUGUCUGUUCUGAUUGUGGUCAAAAAUUUGGACAAAAGAGCAGCCUAAACAGACACAUAAUAAUUCAUACAGGGCAAAAAGAAUUUGUCUGUUUUGAAUGUGGUCAAAGAUUUGGACUAAAGAGCACUCUGAGCCAACACAUGAUAAUUCAUACAGGGCAAAAAGCAUUUGUCUGUUUUGAAUGUGGUCAAAGAUUUGGACGAAAGAGCUACCUGAACGAACACAUGGCAAUUCAUACAGGGCAAAAAGCAUUUGUCUGUUCUGAGUGUGGUCGAAGAUUUGGACAAAAGAGCAGCCUGAACCAACACAUGAUAACUCAUACAGGGCAAAAACCAUUUGUCUGUUCUGAUUGUGGUCAAAGAUUUGGACAAAAGAGCAGCCUGAACAGACACAUGAUAAUUCAUACAAGACUUUUUUUGAAGGGAUGUCAGCAGGCUGAUCACACGUGGCUUCACCUUACCAGCAUCAUGGUCUCUGAGAAUCUGAAGAACCUUCCUGCUGUUGUCCGCUGUAUCUCUCAUCACAAGUGA